AUGAGCUUCGCAAAGAAAGAUGAAAAGAAUAAAAAAGACGAUAAAAAGCAGAAAGAAAAGGAGUAAGUGCAUCAAUAAUUUGAAGGUCAAGAUUUGAAUACUGUGAAAAGAGACUAUGACACAAAGCUUUAAGAAUCUAUAAUUGAACUAUAAGAGAGCUUAAAGGCAGUCAAAUCAGGCAGAGCCUCCACAGAUAUCUUUGAUGACAUUGAAGUGACAGCUUAUGGCGAAAAGCAUCCUUUCAGCGAUCUAUGUUAGACUAUUGUAAAAGGAAAUAACAAUAUGCUGGUUAGAGUGUUUGAUGAAAAUGUGAAAGAUGAUGUUAUAAAAGCUCUUACCAGAUCAGAGCUUGAUCUUAAUUGUACUCUUGAGGGUAAAGAUAUUAAAGUAAAGCUAGGAACUACCAAGAAAGAGACAAUUGAUGCUGCCAUAAAGCAGAUCAAAUCAUGUGGAGAUGAUUUUAAGUUAGCAUUAAAGGAUAUAAGGCAUGAGAUGAUGUAGACUGUGAAGAAGUUGGAAAAGAUUUUGCCUCAAGAAGAGAUCAAGGUAUUCUAAAAAGAUCUAGAGAAGCUCUGCACUAACAAAGAAGCUGAUGCUAAGAAGCAUAUUGAUGCUAAAGAGAAGGAAAUUAAGGCUCAAUGA